GAGCUCGGUUGAUUUUUUCUCAAAACAAUAGAAAAAACAUUAAAAAUUGCUUUAAAAACACCGCAAAUACCAAGAAUUAAAAGAGAUAAAAGUGAUUUGCAAGAAUUACCGAAAAAAUCUAGGUGAAAAUAUAAAUAAAAAGUUAAAGAAAAAAUCAUCAAGAAAAGUGUGAAAAAAGUGAAUUAAAAAAAUAUUUAAAAAAAUAAAUUUAUAAAGAUAAAAUAAAAAACUUUAAAAAUAAAUUCCGUCAAAGUGGAAAUCAAAGCAAAAAACUGUUUAGCACAAGGGAAUGGUAUAUUUUUUGGUGGAUGGUGGCAUGGGAGAUUCUGUUCAACUUCAAUGCCAAAAUGUGUCAAAUGUUAUUGCCAAUAAUGUGCAGCACAUAUCGUCGCAGUUCAAGAAUGCCACAACAAUUAGUCGCAUCGUACAGCAACACCAUGCACAAAAGCAGCAUUCAGCAACCGGCGAGUCCGGCGACAAACCAACUCCAACAAAGUCCCUCAACAAUGCAUCAGAAGCAACAACAACACCAACAACGACUCUCAAUAUCAUCAGCAACAGCAGCAGCGACGAACUGCUAAAUUUGAGUCACAAACGGAACAACAGUGCUCCAAUUGCGUGUACAACAAAUUCCGGGCGAAAUAACUUGGUGUCAUCUUCCAAUAACAAAAUCAAGAGUUUAUCGUUGGACGAAAGUGACGAGGAUGAAAUUGCAUUGUAUCCGUUAUCGAAUCAGGUUGGAGGCCACACGAGAUUGCUAGUGCUCAACCAAAGUACAGUGAUAAAGCCACUCAAUAUUCGCGAACUUGAGUUUUAUCAGAACAUUCCAAGUGAUAUUCAACAAUUUGUACCCAAAUAUAGAGGAGUAAUGCAGGCAUCAACACAAUCAAAACUGGACAAGCGUUACUCGCCAAACUUCCGUGACGAAAGUUACCGAAAAGCAGGCGGCUCCAAAAGGAAACGCGAUGAAGUCUUGAUGAUGAAAGUACAUAAAAACGGAAAUGCAACCGAAGUAUUAAAUAGUAUUUCACAUUUAGACAACUCCAAUAAACAAUAUUUCCUCAUGUUGGAAAAUAUCACGUCGCAAUUCCGUCAUCCGUGCAUCCUGGAUCUCAAAAUGGGCACACGGCAGCACGGUGAUGACGCGUCGGCGGAAAAGCGUACCAAGCAAAUGGCAAAAUGUCUCGCCAGUACGUCAGCUUCGUUGGGCGUCAGGCUAUGCGGCAUGCAAGUGUUCCAAGCGGAUGCCGAUCACUUUUUGCGUCGCGAUAAAUACUGGGGACGCGAACUCAACGAAGAGGGAUUCAAAGGUGCUUUACACAAUUUCUUCCACAAUGGCUACGGGCUCCGGACGAAAAUUAUCAAACUCGUGCUCGAUAAACUGGAGUCCAUGAAGCGCGUAAUCGAGAGGCAAUCGAGUUACAGAUUUUAUUCAUGUUCACUGCUGAUUGUCUACGAAGGCGAUGACGAGAGUGAACGUCUCCCGAACGUUCCUAUCGUCGAUGACUCGUGCUGCGGCCCAAGCUGCUACGACGCCGACGUCUCCAACAACUCGGCCGACUACAAUUUUUCCGCGCACGACGAUGACGAGCAUGACGACGACGCAUGCAAUGCAACCACCUCCGUUUCCUCGCACCAGCGUGGUUUCGCGGAAGCGGCCGCUCGUGGCGCUGCCAAAACCCCCUUCAUUCCCAUUUCCGAGGACACGGUCUUCCUCGAGCCCGAACCUCUCGUCUCGUCGACAAUGUCGACGCUGCACCCCGAGAACUCGAGUCCGCACUCGAUGGACUCCUGGCUGAACUACAGCAGCACAAGCAGCGAGGAAUAUUCGUAUUCCGGGCAGAAUGUUGCCGAAAGCACGAUCGAAUUUGAGCGCAACUUGCAAAAAGCCGCCAAAAUUAACAAACGGAAUCACGAGCAUCUGGAUAUCCGUGAUCCGCUGCCCACGACAGACAAUACCACGGAGGAGGAUAACGUGGACGAGGAAUUGGAGCCCAGUAUUACGACAACGCCAACAUCGACAACGAAGAAAGCCUCGACAACGCAUCAGUCGAACAAUGCCAGCAGGAGGUCGUCGUACAACAGGCGACCCAAUAACGGCUUGGUCGACAUCCGGAUGAUCGAUUUCGCUCACACAACGUUCGUCGUGCAAAACGGAGGCGUUUCCUUUGGAACAACGAAUAAAAAAAUUCAUCACGGACCGGAUAGUGGAUUUUUACGUGGACUAGACAGUCUCAACAGAUUACUGACGGACAUUCUCAACGAAGCGGAUCAGUAGUUCAUUCGGUAUAUGAACAAAAUGGCUCAAAAGUGGCUACUAUAUCUCUACUCUUCUUACUUUAUUUUUCCAUCUUGUCUUUGUAAAUACACUCAAACAACUAUUUUUCCAAAAAGUCGUCAUUUUUUCUCAAUAGCUGUUCUUCAUACCAACCGAAAAACAAAAAAAAAAUCUCCUAAUAAAAUAAUAGAAUUUCAAAUAAUAUGCCUGAGAUGGAAUAACUCAGCAUAAGAUUUGUUCUCCAUCUCAUCAAAUAUAACAAAAAAAGGAAAAAUUAAACAAAGAUUUAAUCUUAGUGAAAACAAUGUGAUAUCUAAAAGCAUUUUUGAAUAAUUAGCUUUAACGUUACAUUAUCCAAAAAUGACAACAUGUACCAUAUUA